AUGGGGGUGCCCGAACGUCCCACCCUGCUGUUUUUACUUUCCUUGCUACUGAUUGCUCUGGGCCUCCCAGUCCUCUGUGCUCCCCCACGCCUCAUCUGCGACAGUCCAGUCCUGGAGAGGUACAUCCUGGAGGCCAAGGAGGCAGAAAAUGUCACCACGAUGGGUUGUGCGGAAGGUCCCCGACUGAGCGAAAAUAUUACAGUCCCGGACACCAAAGUCAACUUCUAUGCUUGGAAAAGAAUGGAGGUGGAAGAACAGGCCGUAGACGUUUGGCAAGGCCUGUCCCUGCUCUCAGAAGCCAUCCUGCAGGCCCGGGCUCUGCUAGCCAAUUCCUCCCAGCCACCAGAGACCCUUCAGCUUCAUAUAGACAAAGCCAUCAGUGGUCUACGUAGCCUCACGUCACUGCUUCGGGUGCUGGGAGCUCAGAAGGAACUGAUGUCGCCUCCAGAUACCACCCCACCUGCUCCACUCCGAACACUCACAGUGGAUACUUUCUGCAAGCUCUUCCGGGUCUAUGCCAACUUCCUCCGGGGGAAACUGAAGCUGUACACGGGAGAGGUCUGCAGGAGGGGGGACAGGUGA